CUAAAGUAGAAAAGACAUUUGACUCCGCAAAGAUCACAGUGGACUUGACACACUGACCGCCGUUUUCUAUCACUGCCGGAAAAGAAAAAAAAACCCAAAUUCCGGCGAAAUGAAGAACCCGAAGGAGGAGAUCAGUUGUCUCCCAUGUGGGUAUUUCAGCCGCGGCGCGAAAGUCGAGGUGCGCGACGUACAAGGUGCAUGGUUUCCUGCUCAUGUCCUGGACCCAAAUCCAAACCCGUCCCCAUUCUCGCUUCGGAAUCGGAAGCAGAAGUUGCUGGUGGUAGAGUAUGAAACUCUCGUCUCCGACGACGACCCUUUGAAGCCGCUGACGGAGGAAAUCGAGGUGGGUUUGCUCCGGCCUUCGCCGCCUGCGGAGGAGGAGGAGGGGUUUGAGGUAAACGACGUCGUUGACGCGUUUAAUUUGGACGCGUGGUGGCCCGGGGUGGUGAUGAGUGUUGUGGGGGACAAGUACACGGUGGGGUUUAAGAGCCCGCCGGAUUUGCUGGAGCUUGGGAGCGGCGAGCUGCGGCGGCAUUGGGAUUGGCGCGGCGGCGAGUGGACUCGCGCCGGGAAGGAGAUGAUGAUGCAAUUGGAUUUCAGCCCUGGGGAAGAUGUUGAAGUGAACCUACACAGAGAACGUGUAUGGUAUGCUUGGAUACCGGCAAUUUAUGUUGGUCCAUUAGGGGGCAAUUCUUUCCUGGUUCGUUAUAAGGGUGCGAAUAAUGGUGAUGAAAAUGGUUUUGUUAAAGCUGUAUCGGACUAUCAGAUUCGACCUCUCCCUCCGCAGCAAGAGGAAAGAGCUUUUGAAUUGUUGGGAAUGGUGGAUGCAUACCAAGAUAUGUGUUGGUGGGUUGGAGACAUUACAAAAGUUCUUACAGAGGAAAGGUAUGUUGUCACAUUAAGAUUCACAAAGCAGGAGAAGCAAUUCAGAUCGUCAGACCUGAGGCACCACUCAGAAUGGAUUGGUAGCAAAUGGGUGUCUGACCCUAAGGCACUUGAAAAUUCUAUUGUCAAUGAAGAACGAUUAAGAUAUACAAGAAGCAAUUACAGAAACUCCGAAGAAAAAACACCUUGUCAUACUAAGUCUCAAAUGAAGCAGUCGACUUGUCUUGUGAAUAAAUCACCUUACGGAAAUACGAAUAAGAAACUCAAAUUAUCUGAGCUUUCUAAUGAUGGCGCAACAUUUUCAAGUCCAACUCCUUCAAAGAAGUUAAAAGGGGAACGCUCAGAGGACUCCAUAUCUCUGUUAGCAUUAUUUGGCAGGGAAAAAUCAAUUAAAACAUCCAACAGAAAAGGGCCUUUUGAAGAUGGAGAGAAGUCUGAGCAACAACAUGUCGGGCAACUGGAUGGUGAAGUAACCACUCCCGUAAAAAGAAGGGGUGGACGACGAAAAUCACAAGCUGAUAGCCCAUCCCCUGGUGUUAGACAGGGUUCAAAGGCUAGACGACCAAAAUUGCAUGUUUCAGUCAAGAAGAGCAGUGGAAUUGACAAAGUAUAUGAACAAAAUCUUGAAGAUGAGCAUGUAAUUAACGGAAUUGAAUCUUCUGGGAUCAGUUCGGAGAAUGAAGUAAUGGGGGGAUCAAAGGCUAGAAGCUCAUGUCUGCUCCCUAUGGAGGAUAACCAACAACAUAAUGAAGAUGGAACAAGCAGUGGAAUAAAACUGAAGAGAAAACUGCCUAUGUUGGUUGUUGAACACUCAAAAGAUCCAACAACAGGUUCUGGAGAUUCGGUGAGAGAUGGCCGAGCUGUAGCUUCUGUAGAGAAAGUUAAGCUGGCUGUGUCUGGAAUUCCUGCAAAGGAACCUGAUCAUGAUCAAUCUUUAUUUAUAAAGGAAGGGAAUUCUGUAAAAACCGUGGAGGGAUCAAUAAGUGGAAGAAAAAUUGAAACUGGAGUCAAAGGUGAUGUGGAGCAAGAAGACAGUCCAAAUUUGCCUUUUGUGAAAAGUAUCCCACUAUGGGAAAAUAUUGAAUCCAUGGAAGUAUUCAAAAGAUUUCCACAGAAGCCGCAUUUUCAUCCUGUACUGAAAACUAAAGAGGUGUUUCGUGAGGGAUCGGCUUUCGGAAAAAUGUUAGCCUUUAGCUCUUUGGUAGACCGGACCUCCAAGAUACGGAUUGGUGAUCCUAGAAACGUCAUUGAUAGCAACUUGGAAGCGACAGUUGAAUUGGAACUGCACGGCUUUGAUGUUGAUGCCAUAAAGUGUCGUCUGACUGGGUUGCUAGACCUGAAAGCCAAGCUGGAGGAGCUUCAAAACCAGUCCAAAGUUGUUGAAACCAAGAUCACGGCGUGUAGACAAAACACAAUCAAGGACACUGAAACUAUCAGUAGAAUUGACAAGGAGAUCAAGGACUUAGAAGCAAACAUCAAGGGCUUGAAGAAAAAACGGGCCAUGGUUGUGUCAAUGUGUUCGGCCAAAGAUUCCGAGCUUAGCAAGUUGCAGUCAGAAGCAAAAGUUAUCAGUGAAGGCAUUCAGAGCAUCCAACAUGGUUUCGACAUACUAGCUGCUGCUCCAUUAUGAUUGCACAGAUUGGCUGCUGUAAUAAGAAUCAGAAGUAAUCAGUGAGUCUCUUUAAGUGGGAACUCUUUGCUAAUUCUUGUUUGGAGCAAGAUUGUCCAUGGAGACUAAUUUAUAUGCAAUGCCUUUUUAAUUUUUUUUGAAUAAAACAAUGCCUUUUUAAUUUGACUGA